UCUUUCCCCUCCCCCUCCCGAUCCCACCCCUCCAAGCUCUUAGCCGGGUCCGCAUGCCUCUUUGAGCACGCCGUGGACCUCUGCUGGGAUGAUCGCUGUCAGCACCCUAUCAUCCCCGUGCGGGGCAGGAAUGGGAGAGGAUACCGGUACGGAUAGAUGAGCAAAUCGUGGGAUUUUAGGCCCCUCCCUUUCCCGUCCACUGCCGAGAUCUCUCCGUAUUGUAAUUAUUGAUCGUUUCUUGUUGCUGACCACCCAGUCCGAUGAAUGUUACUUCACGGAGAUGCUUCAGUGAGUCUGCGCUACUACACCCGACAAGCCACGAGAUCACCCGUGCGUGCCGUGCUGCAAGAUGGGAGCGGGCUACGGCCUCCGAGGCGUGUGUCACGUAACUGUCACAUCCCGAGGUUCUGGUGCCCGCCCAAGCACUUGAGUUCCCUUCCUUUUCAUCUGCUCUUCGGCAUCCGCGUACUUCUGCUGGACGCACGGAAAAGAAGGAGAAUGUUCGCGCUGUGUCCCUCUGUCUCAAAGUCUUCGACCCUGAAGUUUGAAUGGUGGUAGUUGCACAGAUUCACGGCCUGGCCGUGUCAAUCCCCGUCACACCGUAGCAUCACAGAGCAAAGAGGACUGGACUGCGUUCGAUCUUUGCAACGCAAAAUAGGGACCUCGGCCGCUGCUAUUUGUCUCAGCCGUGCCGUCGUAACCAUUCAAACCCCCCUUUGAGGCAAAGGCCUUCGCCAAAUCACCUGUCCGCGCCAUCACUCACGUAUGAUCGGUUGAUCCCAUAGCCAAAGUAUCCCGAACAAGACCGAUGAAGGGACAAAAUAUGACGCAAACAAGUGAUGAGUUUCCUUGUCCGAAGUCUCAUCUCUAGGUUCAUGUCAACGUGCCGUACGUCCCGUUUCCUAACAGCGGAUGUCCCGGCAUGCCAAGACGAUCGCAAUUCCGUGUGAAGUGAACACACACAUUGAGCGGCCGCGCCGUCGUCUGUAGACUUGAGAUUUCGGAUGACUUUUUUGCCAACGUUAAU